CUUACGGCGGCGCGGCGCCCACGCGGCCCCGGGAGCCGGAGCAGAACCGGCGCGUCCCCGCCCGCCUGCCCGGCCGUCAGCUGAUGGGCCGCCCGCCGGGGAGGCUGCUACCGCCGCCUUCGCCGCCGCCGCGCGAACAUGGCGGCCGAGAUCCACUCCAGGCCGCAGAGCAGCCGUCCGGUGCUGCUGAGCAAGAUCGAGGGGCACCAGGACGCCGUCACGGCCGCGCUGCUCAUCCCCAAGGAGGACGGCGUCAUCACGGCCAGCGAGGACAGAACCAUCCGAGUAUGGCUGAAAAGAGACAGUGGUCAGUAUUGGCCCAGCAUUUACCACACCAUGGCCUCUCCUUGCUCUGCUAUGGCUUACCAUCAUGACAGCAGACGAAUAUUUGUGGGCCAGGAUAACGGAGCCGUGAUGGAAUUUCACGUUUCUGAAGAUUUUAAUAAGAUGAACUUUAUCAAGACCUACCCAGCUCAUCAGAACCGGGUGUCUGCGAUCAUCUUCAGCCUGGCCGCAGAGUGGGUGAUCAGUACCGGCCACGACAAGUGUGUGAGCUGGAUGUGCACCCGCAGCGGGAACAUGCUGGGGAGGCACUUCUUCACUGCCUGGGCUUCGUGUUUACAAUAUGAUUUUGACACUCAGUAUGCUUUUGUUGGUGAUUACUCUGGACAGAUCACCCUGCUGAAGCUGGGACAGAACUCCUGUUCAGUCAUUACCACCCUCAAAGGCCAUGAAGGGAGCAUCGCCUGCCUCUGGUGGGAUCCUAUUCAGCGGUUACUCUUCUCAGGAGCCUCUGACAGCAGCAUCAUCAUGUGGGACAUCGGUGGACGGAAAGGCCGCACGCUCUUGCUGCAGGGCCAUCAUGACAGAGUGCAGUCCCUGUGUUACCUUCAGCUCACCAGGCAGCUGGUCUCCUGUUCCUCGGACGGUGGGAUUGCAGUGUGGAACAUGGACGUCAGCAGAGAGGAGGCUCCUCAGUGGUUAGAGAGUGAUUCUUGCCAGAAAUGCGAGCAGCCCUUUUUCUGGAAUAUAAAACAGAUGUGGGACACAAAGACGCUGGGGUUGAGACAGCAUCACUGCCGGAAGUGCGGGCAGGCCGUGUGUGGCAAGUGCAGCAGCAAGCGCUCCAGCUACCCCGUCAUGGGCUUCGAGUUCCAGGUCCGGGUGUGCGACUCCUGCUAUGACUCCAUCAAAGACGAGGAUCGGACUUCUCUGGCAACCUUUCAUGAAGGAAAACAUAACAUUUCCCACAUGUCCAUGGACGUUGCUCGGGGACUGAUGGUGACCUGUGGGACCGACCGCAUCGUAAAGAUCUGGGACAUGACGCCCGUGGUGGGCUGCAGUCUGGCAACCGGGUUUGCCGCACGUUGAUCCGGGAGCCGGGCGAGGCCUGCGCCUUCCCCGCGGCCCCUUCACCAACGCAGCCCUUCCCCGUGGCCCCGCGGUCACGGUCCCGUGAGUGGACAGUAGCCACUAAAAAACAAAGCAACAUUUUUAAAAAGAAAAACCAUGUCAGGUGUGUUUGGGGCCAUUUGUGGAACUACCUGUGGGGACGAAUAUGGAAAAAAAGUUCAUCUGUCGUGGUUCCCUGAGGAAAGGAGUGACUUCAGUGAGACUCCCUCGCGGACAGUGAGCUCACGCGUGCUGAAGGAGUCAUUUGGCAAAGGAGAGUUUUAGAGGAAAAACUUGAGCAAAAGCGUUAAAGCUUAGAACGUUCUCAAAGCAGUUCCAAGUGCAAACACUCUUCCCCUCAGACUUGCUGGCCCUGCGCGGGCUCCUGUGGCUCUGUUGUUAGAGCAGGGAGGAAGGGAGGAGGACUUGCUGUCUCUUUCCCGAGGGGUGCAGGAGGACCCCAGGAACCCAGAGCUUUGGAGCGCUCAGUCGCUCCCUCCCCGGCCAGCCAGGGUGCCAGGGGCCGGCCUUCACACUGUUCCUAAGCGAGCUGUAAGAUCUCUUUAUUAGCCUGGAUGGCCCACAUCCUUCCCUUUCCCCCAAAUGUGCUCUGAGGACAAAACGUUUCUAUGGUGCUGUUAACAUGGGAGUCACACAAGCCGCCUGACUUUAUCUCACUGCUGUCAGUAAGGACUCGUGGAAAAUGGAAAACCAGCCCAGGCAGCAGCAUGACGGUGAAGGGAGGUGAUCCGUCUGCUCCGUGGAACAGCCCAGUCCUCCUAAAAAGACGCAUUCUGUGUGUAGUUCCGAGAUGGGCCCCUGCAAUAUUGUGGCAGUUUAAUAAUAAUACGCCUCAGAAAAGAACUCCAAAGCUUUUUAAACUAUGUUGACUUUUCGCUGUAAGGAACAUUAUUACCAUCUCAUAGAAGGGAAUUAGUAACCCAGAGCUAUAAUUGUUAACCAGGUCUUGCACAGUAAUUCCUAAUUCGUAAAUUGCUUUCAUAGCAACUGGUGAAUUCUCUUGUAUCAAAUGGCAUUUUGAAAGUUUUUGGCCACGUAGUACGGAUGGGGAAGAGAUGGGGAAUGGGGGAGCCCGUCUUUUAAUAUUCCAAUAUUUAUUUCUUUGAUUGUCUGUUUUCAACAAUAGUACACAUACCUAUUACUUUAGGGCUAUGCAAGUGAGUGGAGAGAGGCCUGCUUUUCUUAAAGACAGAUUUUAAGGUAGAUAGCAACAGUGUUUUUGUUAGUCUUACUAGUGGACAUUGAUAAAAACCCACUACUGCGUCACUGUGUUGGGAUCAUAUGAAGACAUCAUGGUUGUUCUAUGUGAUACCAUGAAGGGAUUAAGUCUUUUUUUUAAACAACAACUGAGAGGAACUAUAAUGUUUAAGAUAGGUAAUUAAGAUGUUUUACUGGCCAAGUAACACAAAUAAUAAGGAAAGGAGGUCAGGCACCUCAUAUUCUAGAAUGAUCUGCAUUAAAAAUUGACUUGCUUUCAGAAAUAAGACUGAAGGGUUUUGUUGCUCUGUAUAAUUUUUGUGUUCUAUCACCUGGCAAAGGUGUUUCCUUGAAAAAGUUUUCGUAAGCUGUUUGCAAAACGUAUAAUAAUACAGCUUGGAAGGAAACUGGAGGGAUGGGAUCUCACAGAACAGUGUUGAAUGUUAGCUCUUGUUCAGUUAAUGGUCCAGCUCAUACAAAGGUGCUAUCCUGAGGAUUUCGUGAAGUCCUGAAAGGAAAAUUAAGAUAUGAUCUGUUUCUUGCCAUGUGGAUGAGUACUGAACUGUGGUUUUUGUUUGCCUUUAACUUCUGUAAAAUGUGAUUUUAUAAAGCCUGUGGUAGACUGAGCACAAUAUCACGCUGUAGCUUUCAACCUUCUUUUAUUUUAAAAAAUUCUGAAUGAAAAACCCAGUGUUCUGUAGGGAAUAUAAGGUUGUGAAAGCACCUCUGAAGGGGUUAAGCUAAUAUAAGUCAAAGAGGAAAGGCAUUAUGUGAGGAAGAAUUGGAGAGGGGUAUCCGGAAAAAGAAAGAAUUUUUCAUUAACUUUCUCUCCACCAGAGCCUAUUAGCACUUUUCUUUUUAAGAACACACAUAGCAGGCUUGUCUUGUCUCUACUACACGCUAGGGAGCAAAUGGGGUAAUAUUUUUUAUAGAGGUGGGCAAAAAUUAUUUUCUCAGUUCUGCUGACUGGACAUACAAGGAAGAUCCAGCUAGGCUUCUAGUUAUUGCCUUAUUUUGACCGUGUUACUCUUAAACGGGUCAUUUAAAAUAGCUCUUCAAGUAACAGUUCAUGGUUUUUCCAUUCCUGAAUACUCACGCUAAUUUCUACAACUGGGGAUUCAGAAGUACAGAAUGCUAGAGAAGAUCCUUACGUUUUAGACCUAGUAUGUCUGCGGUAAGGAAAUGUCAAACCUUCAUUCGAGACAUGUUCUCAAAUUGCCCCCCUUUUUUUUUUAGUGCAAAUGAUAGAAAACUCCCAUGGCAUUUGCUGGAAAUAGGUUAUUCAGUAUACUGUAAAUCUCUGUUUAUGAUGUCCUACUUCUGUCCUGCUGCCUGGAGGAAAUGAACAAAAAAUAGCGUUCUAGCACGUGUCACUUGAUUCUCCCCUUAAGAAUUCAGUUUGCCACUACCUACAUUUUUAAACUGUUGAAACUGGCCUAAAUAUGUAAUAAAUUCCGUGGUGACCCAGACCCAAGGAACUGUUUUCCAAAAUGAGAUUUCAUUCGGUUACGUCUACUUCCGCUCCUGGAUCUGGGGUCUUCUAAACUGUAAGAAACCAGUUACUAUUACUGAUGAACCAUCUGCUCAUUAUAAAUGUGAGGUUUAACAACUAAGUAAUACAUGCUCUAUGUAUUCAAGUGUCUAUUGCUUAAUUGUUCAUUGUGAACAGAUGACUGAAUGCCUACUCUUUUCUGCAAUUUACAGUAACUGUAACUCUUUGAGUAAAUCGUUUCAUUGUGCAACAAAUUUAUAUUAGGAUACAAUUUAAAGUGUUUUACUCUAUAGUCUAUUGCAAAGGGCAAUGUUGAUUAGUACAUUUUGUCUUGUACUAGCUAUGUUUCUAUAAGAUAUGGCGCCCUGUGUAUCCCAGAGAGUUAGAAAACUUUGUUCUUUGCUCCUGUUUGUGGGUUCUGUUUUUGUGGGGCUUUUUUUUUUUUUUUUUUUUUUUUUAGAAUAUACACACACAAUAAAAUGUUCCUUGCUUGUUACUCUGUUGCUUAAUGUAGCUUUUGUUUCAUUUGAUGUGGACAUAGGGCAGUGAUACUAGCCACCGUGUGUUCAGCACACUCUGCCUGCUUUGUGCUCUGCCUGCAUUCUGCUGUUCAGUCCUGGCAACGCUUCUGCAGGGUGUUACUGUCCCUGUUCCACAGAUGAGAAAGCUAAGAAGAUCCUGUCCGUCGGUCCGUCUGUCUGACUAGAAAGCACUUGCCCUCUCCAUACCACCUGCCUUCACGUGCUAGCGUGUAAUGAGGGUUUCCUGUGAGGGUUAGGGGCUAGGUAUUCUGUCUCUUGAAGUUUGCAAAGCCCCGAAGUCUGAUUGCUCUGGAUGUCCAGACUCCCCAGAUUGCACGGGCACACCAGUAUCUGUGCCCCAGUUCUCCACAUCAGCAGCUCAGUCUUGUGAAUAAACACAGGGUGGUUCACAGGAGAACUGAUAGGAAGCGGAUUUCUUAGAAACCAGCAUGGCAGUUCACUGUGUUUCCUCAAAGCAAUAUAGCUUUAUUUAAGAAAUAAUAUGUAAUAGAAUAAUACAUAAUAAAAAAGAAUAAAAAGAAAACAAAAAUAAAAAGAUAAUACCAAAAUGUAUUGAAAAGA